AUUUCUCAUUCUUGUGUGUGCAGUUCUAAGUUCAUAGGUGAUUUUUGUAGCCGUAUCGUUAAACUCCUCGUUUUUCUUCAGUUUAAAACCCUUUCGUAUCUUGGGACAGGAUAUAUAACAAAAGGACCCGCUCCGGUAUAAAGGUAUGUUGAAAAACCUUUUUGUUUUGAUCAUUUACACUUCUGGGGGUCGGGAAAAAUCAGCAUACUUCUAUACAAGAUGCAAGUAAGGGAGAUUUUAAUCGGAUUUAAUACCCUGUCCGCCUGUUAGGAUAUUUUAGUUUAUGUUCUCUAUAUUUAAAGGCUUUUUUAACACGGUGAAUCGUAGAUAUAACAGGGGUCUUUUAAAUCAGAACUCGUUUAUAAUAUUGUUUUAAAGAGCUAGGGUUAUGACCGAAUGUUUAUACACAAUCUAUGAUCUCAUCAUCAUGUACUCGUCUUAGUGAAUAUUUCUAAGGGGUUUCUCGCUUUUUUCGAAAGCAAAUCCUCACUAGUAGUCAAUGAACCGCGAGAGCAUGGUAAAAGGCGAUUAAAAACGCAAGAACGCUCGGAAAAAAGUUGUCGGUUUUUGUUCUAGUUUCGCGGGAGUUCAAGGUAUGGAUACAAGCGAUAGGUCAAGAGAAGGUCAUAUUCAGCUACAAAUCGAAUAUGGUUCGCAGCAUGGUCAAGUGCAAGUUAAUGUCAUAGAGAUAAAUAGUCUUAUUUUACCAGCAGUUAAACGACUCGGGAUCUCGCAUGUGUAUGUUAAAAGUCACCUCCUGAAUGAGAAAGCAAAAGAACUGCUUAAAACGAAAAGUUCUAUCAAAGGUUACUUCCUACCAGAUUCAUCAAAAGAAACUAAAAGGAAAACCGAAGAGGUCAAAUUGACACUCUCCUGUCAGGACUCAUCUCAUGGGUUUGAAAAAGUGGAUGAAACAUCUCGAAAAAAUAAGAUACGAAAAGCACUACAAAAACAAAGAGAACGGUUUAGAUUGAGGCGAAACUCUGAUAAAGUUAAAACAGUGGUCAACACAGCAAAUGAUGAUGAUGAUGGCCGAGCCACUCUAUCCUUUGAAAGGCCAUUGCAUUACCCGUCAGUUUCCCUCUACCAACUGCAGACGCAGUGUCUCCACCUCACAGUCUGUGGUCGGAAUGUGACGACCACACGAAGUUACCCCAUAGCAACAACAUGCAUACCACUGAUGAUUGCAAUCAAGCAGCACCAACCAACCUGGUAUCAGUUGUCGUAUAAUCCUGAUUUAAACAAUGGAAAACAAGAAUCCAGCACAACCGUACAAGAAACGUGGGACAAAAAUGAAGGUGGUACCUACACCGGCAGAAGCCUAGCAUGGAACCGAGGCGAGACGAAAGACUCAGGUUCAGAAAACUGGCUGUAUAAGCGUAAAGACUACAGCAGACAUUUGCUUCCUGCUAAACAGAGAAGACAGCCGACUACAAAAUCGUCGCUGCACACCAAUAUUUCGGGUCAGGAUAAAUUCCUAAGGCCGUCCAGGCACGGUGAAUUCAAGCAAUCGGAUUCCGGAGUAGGUUUAGACAGACUUGGUCGCCAGGAGAGCAUCGAGGAGUUGUAUUUUGAUGACGCAACACAACAGGAACAAUUUGGUUCGCGAAACCUGCGACCGCUUCAAAAGCAAUGGAAAUCAGAAUUCGUAAUUUGCGGUUCGACUUUGGACACAAAACGAACAAGUAAUGGCGCGAAUUUAGAUUUGAGUUCAUUAUCAUUGAAUGGAUCUUUGAAUCGCAAACCUUACGGUGAAUCUAUUCGCGGAUUUUGAAUGUAAUUUUAUAAAUGGGUUUAUUUUAAAAAAAUAAACGUAGUAUAUAUAGUCAAUUUUCAGUACAAUCUCGCUCUUGGCUUGACAUUAAAUUUCUGAGGGUGUAGUUCAAACCACUGUUCAAACCUGCAUGUGGUAAUGAUUAGAAAAUUGGCAGAUUGCAUUCUCAUUAUUUACUCUGAAAGAUCUACUGCAUGUUGUUAGCUGGUACCAAUGGUGCUUGGUAUAUUUUAAAAAACUAAUAAAAUCUGCCAAUCUUAUGUAGAAUUUUUAAUACUAAAGGCAUAUCCUUUCCUGAAACGCGGUGAACCGAUUUUUUAACAACGUAAAGCUAGUUU